UCAUGGCAAUUUUAAAAUCUUGUUAUCAUCUGAAUCAGCAUCUUCGUGAGGCUCAUAAAAACCAAAUCUCCAUCUUCAUAACCUUCCUCUAUUCACAGUACCCACACGCGCCUUCCCCAAUCGAACCCUCCGCAACACCAUUUCUUAAACCCUAACAGUAAUGGGAUCAAUUUCCGUUCUCCUCGUCGCUAAAGUAUUGCCAUACCUAGAACAAGAACUCAACAAACGCUACAACCUUCUCCGCGUAUGGGAUUUCCCUCAAAAAUCGAAUCUCUUUACUCAACACGCCGCGUCGAUCCGUGCCGUUGUCGGAAGCUCCGGCGCCGGUGCCGAUUCUGAAUUUAUUGACUCGCUACCGAAGCUGGAAAUUGUUUCGAGCUUUAGCGUUGGUGUUGAUAAGAUUGACCUCAAUAAGUGUAAGGAGAAAGGCAUUCGUGUUACGAAUACUCCUGAUGUGUUGACUGAUGAGGUGGCUGAUUUGGCUAUUGGUUUGAUCCUUGCGCUUUUGAGGAGGAUUUGCGAGUGUGACCGGUUUGUUAGAACUGGAAAUUGGAAGCGUGGUGAUUAUAAGUUGACUACUAAGUUCUCUGGGAAAAAUGUUGGUAUUAUUGGGCUGGGAAGAAUUGGCACAGCAAUUUCCAAGAGAGCUGAAGGUUUUAAUUGUCCAAUAAGCUACUAUUCCAGAACUCAAAAGCAGGAGUCAAAAUACAAGUACUAUCCAAGUGUUGUUGAGCUAGCAUCCAACAGCGACAUACUGAUCGUUGCCUGCCCUCUUACAGAGCAAACCCAUCACAUCAUCAACCGAGAGGUCAUCAAUGCACUUGGUCCAAAGGGUUUUCUAAUUAACAUCGGCCGAGGUAAGCAUGUUGAUGAGCCAGAGCUUGUCUCUGCAUUGCUUGAAGGUCGUUUGGGUGGAGCUGGACUCGAUGUUUUUGAAAACGAGCCUCAUGUUCCUGAAGAGCUUUUUGGGCUAGACAAUGUUGUCUUGUUGCCUCAUGUUGGAAGCGCCACAGUAGAAACUCGAACUGCCAUGGCCGACCUUGUUCUUGGAAACCUGGAGGCUCAUUUCCUUGGAAAGCCACUGUUAAGUCCAUUGGUUUAAUUCUUCAUGCCCGAUCUGUUAGCCAUUCAGUUGCAUCAUCAGCUACGAUAGAUGCUUUAAAGAAUAAGCCAGUACAUUUUAAUUGUGUGACAUCUUAAUGUAUGUUUGGACCUUGGAUACAAGUUGUUGCUUUGAUUCAAAUGCGUUUGGUUUGCUGCGAUAAUAAACACAUAAUCUGAUUAUUAAUGA